AUGACUAAUGCAUAUGAUGCCCGUGCUAGGGAUAAUCAGACCAAACAGAUCCAAGAAAUGGUGACUAAUGUGAAGAAGCACUUUGGACAAUUAUGCCAGUUGUUUGCUGCCUAUACACGAAAAACUGCACGGUUGCGUGACAAGGCCGACCUUCUCGUAAAAGAGGUGCAUUUUUAUGGAGACACGGAGACACCAAAUUUGAGAAAAGGGCUGAAACUUUUUGCAGAUCAGUUGGCAAAGGUGCAGGACUACCGUCACGCCCAGGUUGAGAGACUUGAAGCUAAAGUGGUAGAACCUUUGAAAUCUUAUGGGACUAUUUUGAGGUUCAAUCGAGAAAAUCUGAAAGCUACUUUAAGUGCAAGGAGCCGUGAAGUUCAACAAUUGCAGCAGCUGGAAAGAAUGAGGCAAAAAAAUCCAUCAGAUCGUCAAAUAAUUUCUCAGGCUGAAAGUAAUCUUCAAAGGGCAACGAUGAAUGCUACUCGUACAACACUUCAACUUGAAGAAGCCAUUGAUGAGUUUGAGAAGAAAAAGAUAAAAGAUAUAAAGACAAUUUUUACCGAAUUUAUAACAAUUGAAAUGGCAUUCCAUGCAAAAGCCUUAGAGGUGUACACCACAGCUUUUCACCAUAUACAAGAUGUAGAGGAAGAUGAGGAUCUACAGGUUUUCAGGAGUACACUGAGACCACCAGACUACAGGAAUCCUCUCGAACUAGUUUGUACUCAUUCCAGAGCAUCCCUUGACAGAAUACAUUCUCCAAGGAGUCUGCAGCUAGCAUCAUGCAAUAAUAAGGAGUCAGAUGAGGAAGACACAGAUGAUGAUGAUGAUGAUGAUAACAGCUUUGAAGAUGAAGAUUAAACAUUUUUCAUUUACAAAAAGCAUGUACUUCCCUUUGUUUUUAGGAGGUACCUCCACGCACCCAUAUAUUUACCGUAAUUUUAUUGGUAGAA